GAUGGCACAAAUGCUUGUGUGUUUCUCUCCAUUGCAGUUGCAGAUUGGAUGAGGCAAAAUGGAUCUAGGUUGGAACUUCCCAUGAAUGCAGCAUACAUUCAGAAGACCAUCGAAGAAAUUAUUGUAUCACUUCCACAAGACAUAAAUGAUGUGAGGGACCCAUCAGCAUGGUAUGUUGUGGAAGAUGCAUUAAAAAUAUUAUCUGACAAGAGCGCAGUGGGAUUCUCUCAUACCAGAACCAUUAUGGCUACCACAAAGGGCCCAGCAACAGGAGAAGGCAGAGACGAUUUGGUGACCGCUCUGCUAAAACUUGAUCAAGAAAAACCAGUUCAAGCAGUUUACACAUGCUGUCCUCUGUCUUUUGUAAUAACCACUGGCCUAAAUCCAGAUAAUUCUUCUAAUUUAACUUUAGUGGAUACCCAUUGUGUUCCAAGUAAAGUGGGGGGAAAUGACAAUGCAGCAGUGGUUCAGUUGAAUUAUAAUUCAAUUAACAAGGCUGCAAACGACAUGGCAAGUUGGAUAGAAGAUAGACUAGCUGCAUCUGGGAUAGGAAAGGGGGCACAAUGCCUGAAGAUUUUAUCUGUUUCGGACAUGAACAGUAACAGAUGUGCAGAGGUUACUGGUGAUUUGAUAGAUCAACAAGAUUUUGAUUUGGAGGAUGAAGAUUUCAACAGCGACCUUUGCUGUGCCUUGGACAGGUCUCUUGAUUGCAUGAACACAGAAACAUUGUCAGAAGCAGGAGAGGAUGCUAAAGAGGCGUGUGAAGACAUUGUAUAUAGUCAGGUGGAAAGUGAGUCACAUUCAUUGAAUUUAUACGAAGAGUCCAUUACAAUGACUGGAAGAGAGAAUACAAAUCAUUGGAUAAGCGCUUCAGAAAUAACACCCCCUGAUCAAAAAGAUGAGGUCCUUUGGACUGGAUACUUGGCUCGUUUCGGUCACUCGUCUUUAAAAAAGUUUCAGAAGGAUGCCAUACAAGCUGUUCAGCUAACAUUGGAUUCUAUUAUAAUCCAACCAACGGCAAGUGGAAAGAGCAUUUGCUUUCAGCUGCCAUCGUUGUUCGACAAAAAGCUCAAAAUUGUUGUGAUAUGUCCAACAAUCUCUUUAAUAAACUCACAUGUUGAAAACCUGAAGACUCACGGAAUUGCAUCCGCGGUCCUUGGACCAUUAUCUAGUGCUGCAGCUCUUCAGUCGUUGCAUACCUGUGUGGAGGAAGAUCUCCCCCCUCUAAUUUUUACAACACCUGAAUAUUUUGUCCACAAAGCAAAGAACGAAUUGUUGAAAAUUAAAUCAUCAAUGAAAUUGCUGGUACUGGACGAAGUUCAUAAGAUGUUUGAUAGAACUUCUAACUUCAGAUCCUGUUAUGACAGCUUUAAAAUGCUUAAAGAUGAUUUUCUGGGUAUUCCCAUUAUGGCGCUAACUGCAACCCUGGAUGACUCACAACUAGUGGAUCUAGUCGAGAACUAUUUGCGGAGACCUGUGGUUAUAAAAGGUAGUGUGAACAAAAAAAAAUACGAAACUCAAUGUACAAUCAUACAAAAGGGUUCAAAAAAAAAAUGGGGACGAGAUGUGGGAUGAGGUUGCUAAGGAAAUAGCCAAUAUGAUAAACGAUGAUUACGCCAUUGUCUACAUGGACUUCAAGGUAGAUGUGGAGCGUUUGGUCAAAGGACUUAAAAAGGCUGGAUUGAGCGACGUCAAGGCAUACCAUGGCAGAUUGAGCAGUGAGAUGAAGAGCAAAGUGGACAAUGAAUUUAGAAGUAAGGAAUUCCAAGUCCUAGUUGCAACUGAGGCAUAUGAAGUGGGAACUCACAGCCCGCAUGUUAAUCUUGUUUUAAGAGUAGGAUGUAUGAGAAAUAUAGCUGUACUUGUUCAGGAAUUUGGACGUGCAGGUAGAAACAAUGAUUCAUCUGAUGGCAUAAUUCUGGCAAACGAAAGCAUCGACGACCAGCGCCUCAUUUAUUGGACAAAAGGUUGUUCUUCGGGUGAAGCAAAUGCGAAGAAAACAGAAUAUGAAAAAUGUUGGAGGUGGCUUUAUGGACUUCAGGCAGGCACAUGCCUCAGAAAAAGUCUCUUGGAAAAUUUUGAAUCAAGUGACAUAUUCGAACAGGCCACAAGUGGUGAAUGCUGCUCAAGCUGUGACAUAUCCACAUCAAGAAAUUUUAAUUGCAGGCAAAGUGCUGUGCUUCUCUUAAAAGCACUGGAUGAGGUUAGUAAACUUCCUGUAGUCAAAUCGGUCAGUGAAGACAAAGUGAUUGCCUGGAUGAGAGGUUCCAAGCAGGGCUGGAUUUCAUCUUCUGACAUCCAAGAAUUUUUAGACUCCUCACAAAGUUAUUCGAAGGGCGCAAUGCUAAACGGUGCCCCCCUUAAAAAGGAAUGGUGGUCAACACACCUUAGAAAACUUGUGCAUUUGGGGUUAGUGAAGAUUUCAUUCAAUAUUUAUAAUUUGAAGUGGUUUUCAAAGGCAUCGCGAUCUUAUUCUGCAACAGAGAAAGGGAAGGCCUUCAUAGAAAAUCCGCACGAUCUGUUUGUAUUGAACCCAGACGUGUUCGAAGAGAACAAGUCCAAGGGUGCCAUGCCUUCUCGGCCGAGAAAAUCUGCAAAUCGGAGCAAGCACCACCUACCAAAAAUCCGAGACUUGUUAACUAAUAGGAAUAGGUGGUCUGAUAUCAAAGACAAAGGGUCCUAUGAGUAUCCUGGUUUCACAGAAACUGACAAUUCCAUCAGUUACUGUCCAGAUAUUACAAAAAGAGAGGAGCUGGGGUCUUCCCAAAGGCCACACUUUAUGUGGGAUGACUGCCAGCUGACAAAGAGGGGUUGUUCAACUCAAAAAUUGUUUGUCAAGACAGGAACAGAAAAAACAGAAGUAUGGGUCCGGCGUGCCUUCUGUGAGGGAGUAAAGGUGUGCUCGUCUGAGGGCUGCCAAUAUACUGUUAGUAAUCGACAAAGACGAAACAAAUGCAGAGAUCACUCCUCCAGUCACGCAUUAAAACAAACAGGUAAUUGUCCAGCACAAAUUAUCUAUUUGUGGCCAGUAGUAGAUGACGGAAGGAGGUGGAUCGGAUGUCUGCCCGGAACUUCUCAUAAUCAUACAAAACCUGCCCCACACCAUAUCUCGCAAUCUGUAAAAGAUGAAAUUCAGGCUGCGAUUCGAAAGGAUUGUACUCUCACAACAAAACAGUUACAGAAAGGUCAUGGUAUCGGAUUUAUCCCAGCAGAAAAAUCACCCGCGGCAUCCAAUCCUGGGAGAAUUAGAAAGGAAAGGCAGCUUGCAUUGGAAGGCAGGUCUAAGAUGCAUCCUGAUUUAAUUCCACUGCUUCAAGUGAUGGAAUUCGAUGACUUCAGGAAGGAAUAUGAAAACAUACGAGACCCUUCUGUUGACGUGGAAUUUUUAGGGAAAGUUAAUGAAAAAAUGGGAAAGUACCAGAUGGAAGGGAGAGAGUACUUGAUUUCACCAUCAAGAAAUUUUGUUUUUUUUGUUGCCCCUUACCAGGCAGACCUGUUAACAGUAACAAAAGAUUUAUAUGUAGACAUAACUUACACAAACAAUAAUGGGUUCCCAUAUUUACUUAACAUGGUAGCCUUCAAUGAAAGCACAAUGGCAUAUAAUGCGGUCGCAAGGGUGCUUCUAAAUAGACAAGAUGGAGAUGCAUACGGAACCGCGAUUUCUCAAGUAUUUGAUCAUGUGACUACUAAGCACCCUUUAUUCAGCAACGGAAAGAACUUGAGGCAGAUUAUGGUGGAUUUUGACCAGGCUGAAUACAAUGGGUUUGAACGAAGUAUUGGUGCAGGACUGUGUCAAAAGAUUAUGCGUGGUUGUACUGUUCAUUGGAAAACAUCAGUUAAUCGCAUUAGCGACAUAGUUACUAGAAGCAAAGAGGAGUGCAGCAUCUUUCGCCAAAUUGCGCACGGCAUACAAGACUUCAAGACAAAAGCUGACGUGAAGGUAGCCUUUGAUGUUUUGUGUGGUAAAGGAAAAGUGAGCAAUAUCAAACAUCUGUUAACCCCAAAACAAGCAGCUGUCUGUGAUCAGAUAACCAUUGAACACUGGUCUAAAGCCUCCCACUGGGUGAAAUGGUGGUCAAGGGAAAGAAUAUUACGAAUGUUUUGUAAGGCACACACACUAAGGGAUAAGGAAGAAUGGGAGGAGACUCCCAAUACUAACAACCCUGUCGAAUCACUAAAUCGACAAUCCAUAGGAGAGGGAUGCAGCAACAUUUCAGUGUUGAUGAAAAAUAUUUACAUGGAAGACAGACUUCAUGCAGUCAAGAUUGUUGCAAGCGAGCAAAACGUCAAUAUAAGCUAUGAAAUGAACACCCAAGAAGAAAGAGAAAAAAAGAGGAAAAAGAGGAAGCGUUCACGAUUAAGUUUAAAAGGAGUCGGCAGUUCUCUAAAUGACGUUGAACCCGAAAUGGAACAGACACCUCCGGAUAAGAGACAACGAUUAGAUAAGCGCUCGUUAAAACGGGACACAAAUAAGGAGCGAAUGAUCGGGACAAGGGUUGAAGUAGAAUACGAGGAAAAUAUAAAUGGCGAAGUGAAGUACCUUGGUUGGAUUAAGGGCACCAUCAUGGAUUAUGAUAAGUCAAAAGGGUAUCUAGUGCAAUUUCCAGAUGACUUGGACUGGAUACCAGAUCUAAACAGCAAGGACGUAAGAAUAAUAAUUUAG